UGAUGAGGGAUCAUUUCUGGUUGAAAUUUCAGACUUCGAUGGAGGUAAAAUAAAAGUCGUCUCUGCUGCCUGCCACUUUCCCGUCGACCGCUUUGCCAAUUUUCUUCACUCCAUCAAUUUCUCGAUCUUCCUUUUCAUCUCUUACAUUUUUCGCUGUUCGUUCUGGAUCAAACCGUGGAUAUUUGAAUUGUUUCUCGCUUGUAUUAUUCGGAGUUUGAAUUGGAGUUCGUCUUAUUUCGAGUAGCUCUGCUGCUUGCUGCCGUCAGAUCCGCUGGUGGAGCGCGGGGAUCUAGGAUAGGGAACUGAAUAGAUUGUGUCUUUCCGGCUGGAUCUGAGCGGAGAUGGCGUUGUCCGGUAUGAGAGGCCUCGCCGUUUUCAUCAGCGACAUUCGUAAUUGCCAGAAUAAAGAGCAGGAGAGGCUCCGAGUCGACAAGGAGCUUGGAAAUGUCCGCACUAGGUUUAAGAACGAGAAGGGUCUAACGCCAUAUGAAAAGAAAAAGUACGUCUGGAAAAUGCUUUACAUUUAUAUGCUUGGUUAUGAUGUGGAUUUUGGUCAUAUGGAAGCUGUAUCUCUUAUAUCUGCACCAAAGUAUCCUGAAAAGCAGGUUGGCUAUAUUGUCACAUCGUGUUUGCUUAAUGAGAACCAUGAUUUCUUGAGGUUAGCGAUAAAUACUGUGCGCAACGACAUUAUUGGUCGCAAUGAAACGUUUCAAUGCCUUGCGCUGACUAUGGUUGGAAAUAUUGGGGGGCGAGAGUUUGCCGAGUCGUUAGCACCAGAUGUUCAAAAGUUGCUUAUUUCAAGCAGCUGCAGACCACUUGUGAGGAAAAAAGCAGCAUUAUGUCUACUGCGUUUGUAUAGAAAAAAUCCCGAUGUUGUCAAUAUAGAUGGCUGGGCGGAUCGGAUGGCACAACUUUUAGAUGAGCGUGAUCUUGGUGUUUUAACAUCUUCCAUGAGCCUUCUUGUUGCUCUUGUAUCAAACAAUCACGACUCCUACUGGAGUUGUCUUCCAAAAUGUGUUAGAAUUCUGGAGCGCCUUGCUAGGAACCAGGAUAUUCCACAAGAAUACACAUAUUAUGGUAUCCCAUCUCCCUGGCUUCAGGUGAAAACCAUGAGGGCUCUUCAGUACUUUCCAACAAUUGAAGAUCCAAAUACCCGAAGGUCACUGUUCGAGGUCUUGCAAAGGAUUUUAAUGGGAACAGAUGUUGUGAAGAAUGUCAAUAAAAACAAUGCAUCACAUGCUGUUCUGUUUGAAGCCCUUGCUCUUGUAAUGCAUCUUGAUGCUGAAAAAGAGAUGAUGUCUCAGUGUGUUGCCCUUCUUGGAAAGUUUAUUGCUGUCCGUGAGCCAAAUAUUCGAUAUCUUGGCUUGGAGAAUAUGACUCGGAUGUUGAUGGUGACAGAUGUUCAAGAUAUUAUUAAAAGACACCAGGCUCAGAUCAUAACAUCAUUAAAGGAUCCUGAUAUUAGCAUCCGAAGGCGUGCUCUCGAUUUGCUUUAUGGUAUGUGUGAUGUUUCAAAUGCGAAGGACAUAGUUGAAGAAUUAUUGCAGUACCUCAGCACAGCAGAAUUUGCGAUGCGUGAGGAAUUGUCUCUUAAAGCUGCAAUUCUUGCAGAGAAGUUUGCUCCUGAUUUGUCUUGGUAUGUGGAUGUGAUUCUACAAUUGAUCGACAAGGCUGGAGAUUUUGUCAGUGAUGACAUAUGGUUCCGUGUUGUGCAGUUUGUUACAAACAAUGAAGAUCUGCAGUCUUAUGCAGCAAUAAAAGCGAGAGAAUAUCUUGAUAAACCUGCUAUACAUGAGACAAUGGUAAAGGUCAGUGCAUAUAUUCUUGGAGAAUUUGGUCAUCUUUUGGCCCGAAGACCAGGUUAUAGUGCAAAGGAAUUAUUUAAAAUAAUACAUGAAAAGCUGCCAACUGUUUCGACAUCUAGCAUUCCUAUUCUUCUGUCGACAUAUGCUAAGAUCUUAAUGCACACUCAACCCCCGGAUCUGGAACUGCAAAAUCAAAUUUGGGGAAUAUUCAACAAAUACGAGAGUUGUAUCGAUGUUGAGAUACAACAACGUGCUGUUGAAUAUUUAGCCCUGAGCAAGAAAGGUGCAGCUCUAAUGGACAUAUUAGCCGAAAUGCCAAAGUUCCCUGAGAGACAGUCUGCUUUGAUCAAGAAGGCUGAGGACACUGAAGCUGACACUGCAGAACAAAGUGCCAUCAAGUUGCGAGCUCAACAACAAUCAUCAAAUGCUUUGGUCUUAACUGAUCAACGUCCUGUCAAUGGCACACCAUCGUCCAGCCAGCUUACUCUGGUGAAGGUGCCAAACACAAGCAGUUAUCCGGAUUCAACUGACCGUGAACUGUCCCAGACCAAUGGUACUCUAAGCAAAGUAGAUUCUAGCCCCCCCGAACCUGAUCUCCUCGGAGAUCUCUUGGGUCCUCUAGCUAUUGAAGGUCCUCCGAGUGUUGUUGCUCAGGUUCCCCAAAGUGUAAUGACCAAUAUGGAUGGUGUUCCAAAUGCAGUUGAGGGUGGAGCUAUUGUUCCAGUUGGAGAACAGACAAAUUCGGUUCAGCCGAUAGGAAAUAUAGCUGAAAGGUUCCAUGCCUUGUGCAUGAAAGAUAGUGGUGUGCUGUACGAAGACCCCUAUAUUCAGAUUGGCAUUAAAGCAGAGUGGCGAGCCCACAUGGGACGACUUGUUCUUUUUCUCGGAAACAAGAAUAUUUCUCCCCUUGCCUUUGUUAAGGCUAUCAUAUUGCCUCCUUCGAAUUUAAAGAUGGAGUUGUCAUUAGUACCUGAUACUAUUCCUCCUCGUGCACAGGUACAAUGCCCACUUGAAGUCAUUAACUUACAUCCAAGCAGAGAUGUGGCCGUCCUUGAUUUCUCUUACAAGUUCGGGAAUGACUUGGUAAAUGUGAAGCUUCGCCUUCCAGCUGUCUUUAAUAAAUUUCUCCAGCCUAUAUCUGUAUCUGCGGAGGAGUUUUUCCCUCAGUGGAGGUCCCUCUCAGGGCCCCCAUUGAAGCUCCAAGAAGUGGUUAGAGGUGUAAAACCCCUUCUGCUUUUAGAGAUGGCGAAUUUAUUCAACAGUCUAAGGUUGAUGGUUUGUCCAGGACUUGAUCCAAACCCAAAUAAUCUUGUUGCGAGCACAACAUUCUACUCGGAAAGUACGCAAGCUAUGCUCUGCCUAGUUAGAAUUGAAACUGAUCCAGCAGACAGAACCCAAUUACGAAUGACAGUUGCUUCAGGGGAUCCAACAGUAACUUUCGAGUUGAAGGAGUUUAUAAAGGAACAAUUGAUAAGCAUACCUGUGCCUCAGUUGACAACUCCGCCAUCAGCAGCAGCACUAUCAGUAGGUCAACCCACAGUUGCUACACCAGCAUUGACAGAUCCUGGGGCAAUGCUAGCAGGUUUGCUCUAGGAGAAAGCGAUUCAUCAGAAGAUAUUCAUUCAGUAUACAUUUGUAAACAUGAUUAUACAGCCGGCCUACCCCCGAUUCCGGGGAUACUAAGGCAAAUGAGGGACACCAGGGCUUGCGGCGUGAUCGGCAUUGCAUAUUUAAGUUAAAUCACUGGGGUUGGUCGGAGUUCUUGAGAUUUUUUUAUUUGCGCCAAAAGUAAAGGUGAGAUUUUUUUUUUCUUUUUUUUUGUGUUUUUUUUUUUUUGUUUUUUUGAGGGUUAGGGUUCGGGAGAGUUGGUGAGAGAUUUGUUCUACUACUGUUUCUUCCCGGUUCUUCAUGGGGUGAUUUCUGUAGUGUAUUAUUUGAUGUGUAAGAUAUUGCGUUUAGGACUCAAAUUGUAUCCAUCCCACAGUUUCAAACUCAAACACGUUCAAAAUUUUUGUCCACCAGUCAGAAAAUAUUCAUCCAUUAAACGUUUGUAAUUUCGAAUCUUGUGUUAUAAUACAUUCAAUUUCACGA